AUGCGCUUCUCAACGUCCGCGGUCCUGGUGACCAUGCUAGGCUGGAUAGGGGCUGCUACAGCUCACAACAUUCAACUCAAAGCUCACUCGCGCGAAUGCUUCCACGAAAAACUCCACAAAGAUGACAAGAUGACGGUAACAUUUCAAGUUGGCGACCGAGAAUUCGGCGGAAGCGGCAAUCUAGAGAUUGAUUUCUGGGUCGAAGACCCUGCCGGAAACCGCCAAUACUUCAAGAACAGUGUUUCAUCAGAAGAUUACUCCUUUACCGCACAAAGAGAUGGAAAAUUCACCUACUGCUUUAGCAAUGAGGCCUGGACAUCGAACUCAAAAGAAGUAUCCUUCAACGUGCAUGGAAUUGUCUAUGUCCCCGAAUCGGAGUUGGCACAGGAUCCCCUAGAAGCUGAAGUCCGCCGCCUUUCCGAAUCGUUGGCCCAAGUCCGCGAUGAGCAAUCCUACAUUGUCGUACGAGAACGAGUCCACCGAAACACAGCCGAAAGCACAAACGCGCGUGUAAAAUGGUGGAGCAUCUUCCAGCUUACAUUCCUUAUCGGCGAGGGCAUUUUCCAAGUGUGGUGGCUAAAGCGAUUCUUCGAGGUAUAA